GAACGAAGUCUGGGAUUUGAAGUUCAAAACAUUGUCAGAAAACUCAGUUGGAAAAGGGCUGUCCUUGACAGGAAAAACAAAAUGUCUUGCUUCUAUUCCAUUAUGUAAGACAUUUUUACCCAGUGAUAUAAUGGAUGUGGCAGAAGUGUUUCAUCAUUUUGGACUCUAUCACUAUUUCAAUGCACUUUGGAUAAUGAGUCAAUAAGUGUGUGGGGUGUGUGUGUACAUGUAUCUGUUACUGCCUUUUGAAACUCCACUUACGAAUCACCACCAAUUGCUGACCAUUAGUUCCUCUAAAGCUAUAAGUAGGAGAUACGACUUUCCUUGUAGGUUACUAAGCAGCUGAACAGCAAAGGGAAAGCCAAUAUUUACUGAAUCUUUAGAUCUGCUACCUACCUACCCUUGGUCUGCCAAUCUUUCCAGCAUGUGGAAGUUGUUGAUUUUGGUUCAGUGUACCACCCUGAUGGGAACAGAAUUGCCUCAGGGAACUCCAUUAAGGCCUGAGGAAACAUGGAAAUCUUUGGAUAACCCCAGGAACAGAGACCUGUUUUUCAGAACUCUUAUGGCUUACUUUUCUGGGAGAGAGUUUGGACUCAGGAAGUUCGCAGAUACCUUCUCAAUGAAUAAUGAUAAAUCAGAUCCGAUUUCUUUCUACUUGGAACCAGUUGCUUCUGCAUUUGCAGAUUAUGAAGAAAAGAAACCCCCCUUUGCAAAUUACCCCAGAAACUGAAAAAGAUCGAUCAAGAAAAAAAUAUGGAAAUUAAAUUAAAUGACUUGUUUUUGAUUGAAGUCCCUAAAGUUGCAGAUCAACAAUAGAGUUAUUGGAAGAAGACUCCAGAGUGAAAGGAGCAGAUCCAGCAGAAGCACAAUAAGGGAAAACUGACAGUAACCUCUAGUGUGAGCAUGAAAUAGUUUAUAAAUUUCAAAUAUUAGAAUUUCUAUUGUAUUCAUUAAUCGUACAAGUCCUAAAAGUUCAAGUGAAGAGAGGGAAAAGAAGCAUAAACUAGCAGUCAUGGUUUAUGAGCUCUCUCCUUUAAUCUUCUUAAAACUCUUGU